UCACCGCCCGCCUUCGAACGUUCAGACGCCGGCCGCGGUACUAGCACUCUCAUUGGCCUGGCGAGAGUGUUUUUCCUCCGGCGUCCCGCCCUCUUGGAACGCUGAGACACCGAGCUUCCGUGCCGGUGUUCCUAUUGGCCGGGCGGUAGCCUUUUCGCUUCCAUCGUCCCGCCCUUUGGAUCGUUCAGACGUCCACGGGUGGGGGUGCUUGUAGGAGACGGCGAAGUCAGUGCCCGCCGGAGGCUGAAGUCGCGCCGGCCCAGCCAGCCAUGGCCUCGCAGCUGGAUCAAGUGGCUGAGAUGGAACACGUGGUGUGGAAGCCUUAUGCCCCCCUGGCGGCCGUCGGCUCUCUCACGGGCCUGGAGGUGAAGCUGGGCUCCUUGGCGCUGCUGCUGGUGGUGACCCUCCUGUGCGGCUUCCUGCCCCUGUGGGUCUUCCGGCACCCAGGAGCUGUGACCGGCUCAUCGGCUGCCCCCAGAAAAACGUUGAGCCUGGUCAGCUGUUUCGCCGGCGGCGUCUUCCUGGCCACUUGUCUCCUGGACUUGAUUCCCGACUACCUCUCCAGCAUGAACGAGGCCCUCGAAGACUUGAAGGUCACGCUCCACUUCCCCCUCCAGGAGUUCAUCUUGGCCAUGGGCUUCUUCCUGGUCCUCAUCAUGGAGCAGAUUGUCUUGGCCUACAAGGACCCCUCGGCCUCCCUGGAAGAGACGCGCUCCCUCCUGGGCUCGGCGGCCCACGACUCGGCCACCAUCCAGGGCCACAGCUGGCCCGACGGCCCGCCCCACCCCCGCCCUUGGAGCGGCUCGGCCCGAGAGCCGCCGCACAUCCACGUGGACUUCAACUCCCACUCGGUCAUCCGCUCCUUCGUGCUGCUGCUGGCCCUCUCCCUGCACUCGGUCUUCGAGGGGCUGGCCGUGGGGCUGCAGGAGGAGGGGGCCCAGGCGCUGGAGAUCUGCCUGGCCCUGCUCAUCCACAAGGGGGCCAUUGCCUUCAGCCUGAGCCUCAAGCUCCUCCAGGGCCGGAUGCGCUUGCGGGCGGUGGCGGCCUGCCUGCUCCUCUUCUCCGUCAUGUCCCCGCUGGGCAUCGGGCUGGGCGUGGCCCUGACGGAGUCCCCUGCCACUGUCCUCCACCGCCUCUCCCGCAGCGUGCUCGAAGGGCUGGCCACCGGCACCUUCGUCUACAUCACCUUCUUGGAGAUCCUGCCCCACGAGCUGAACUCCUCGGAGCAGCGCAUCCUCAAAGUCAUCGUCCUCCUGGCCGGAUUCGCACUCGUGACCAGCAUCCUCUUCAUCAAGAUCUGAGGGGCGGGCGGGGGUGUGAGUCGCCCCUCGGCCGUUUCCUCCGACGGGAGAGUCGUUUCACCAGCCUGGAGGACAGGUGGGGAGGGGAGGAAGGCGCUAAGGGCGUGAAGCUGAACCCCCAAACACAAAAGGGCUCAUUUUUCUCUGUUGCGGGUUUGAGAACGUAAGGAAAAGCGCUGCUGAAUCAGACAAAAGGUCGAUCAGGUCCAGCAUCCUGCUUCCCACUCUGGCCAAUCGGAUGCCUCUGGAAAGCCCACAAGAGGGCGUAAGAUCAACAGCCCUUUCUGGCUCUUGCUUCUCCCAGCAAGUGGUAUCCAGAGCUACAGUGCUUCUGAACAUGGAGGUUCCAUUCCUGUCUGUCAUGACUAUUAUCCUUCAAAAGAAAAGCGGGGAGAAAGCCCUGCUGAAUCGGACCAACGGUUGAUCUACACUAGCAUCCUAUUUCCCACAGUGGCCGAGACAGAUACUUCUAGAAAGCCCACACCUAGGUUGUCUUCUUCAGAGAUUCCUUCUGCCACACAGAUUUCUUUCUGGAGUUACCAGACUUGAACCCAGGGCCAAGACCCAUACCUGCGUUCCUUAGAGCCUCCUUUGUGGAGAUGAUAUCCCUUUCGCCCUCUGGAAAUGGCUUUGCAAAACAGAUGGCGUUUAGAUCUGCGUUUCUACGGUGCCAGUGGUUCCGGCGUUCCAAACCUCUGGCGUGACCCCACGAUCUCCGUUGUGCCUCUCCGCUCGGGUUUAAGACCUGGAUGCACUACGCACUUCCUGGGGAGAAUUUCCCAGCAUGCAAGCACACCCUCUGUGUUCAAGGCACUUGGGCCAGAAUAUAAAUUUGGGUUUGUAGAAUGUUUGACUGCCCCCCCUGGCUGGGUUUGUGAACAGAAACCAGUUCUUGACAAUGCGUGGCGUUUUGAUUUUUUGCGAAACAGUUGUGUUUUGGGGAGGGGUGUGUGUGUAUGUAUAUAUAUUUUGUCUUUUCAACUUGGUUUGCAGUGCCAAAAUGCGGAACUCUUUCUCAGACCAGCUCCUUGUAUGGCCAGCCUGCUUGCCUUAAUAAUGUCUUUGGUGCCUUGAAUAUCCCUGUUUGUAUACAGGGCUCAGACCCACAUUUUCUCAGUGUGCAGUUGAUUGAAGAGACCCCGACAUCUCUCAGUACCAUGAAUUUAGGACUCUUCCUCCUUGCCUAGCUCUCUCUGGGACAAAGCAAUGCCUAUAUCUUGUUUGAUAGCUCUACAGCUCUGUCUUGAUGUGCCAAAUCUUUUCUGUGAAGUUCAGAGGGAGCGUUCACACAUGCUAAGCAUCCAGCAGUGACUUGUGCCUCGGUGUGAUACGGCUGCCACAGAUCAAACGUGCAUAUUUGUUUACAAGACACCUGGUGAUGUAGAUACUGUACCUGUGUGUAUUGGCGCGAACUCUGGGAGAAGGAGCCGAGAAUCUGUCGCAUGUUGGCUGACACAGAGAGAAUCCUCUGGAUGGUAUCCUUUACUGAAUUAACUUCCAUUGGAGAAAGCACAGUCUGUAUUCACUUUUUAUAAUAUUUACGGUUAGGCACAACUUCCUGUCCAGCCAAAUACAGGUAGAGAUUGUUCUCAGCUGUGCGUGUUACAGACACAAUUUCCCCCCACCCCGCCCCUUACGGAAACCUGAUCAGUGUAGAUGACAGUGCUCAACUAUGGUUAAGAUCUCAAACCAUGGUUAGCACUAACCAUGGUUCAGUCAACACAUAUGCAGUAAAGUUGCAGAUGAGAUUUUCAUUGGACUAGCCCUGGGCUGCACAACAUUGGCCUUCCAGCUGCUGUUGGACUGCAGCUCCCAUCACCCCCAGCCACAGUGGCCAGUUUGCAGGGAUGAUGGGAGUUGUAGUCCAACAUCUGCAGGAGGGCUAAAGUUGUGCAGCCCUGGCCUUACACCCAGGAGGCAUGUUGCGGGAGUCAUGUGUGAGGCUCCUUCCAUUCAGGGAGGUUGGAGAGGCAGCACAACCAUAGCUUGUUCAUUCUCAGUGCAACACCUAACCAUGGUUAAUGCACUUAAACACAAAAGCAUAUGCCUCUGCCUUAUUGCGAGUCACUCCCACUGGCCCAUUUAGCUCAGUAUUUUCUGCACUGACUGGUAGCAGGGCAGAACCUCUCCUGGGUUGUGGGUGAGGGCAGAGAUUAAGCAUGGGGCUUCCUGGGUGCAAGGCAUGUUCUCUGCCCUGGAUCUGUGUUGCUUAAACCAUGGUUAGCACUAACCAUGGAUCUUAACCAGGUUAAGCCGAUUGCAGCUGUGCCGCGAAAUGAUGGUUGAAGUUUCUGAGUUGAUCCCGCCCCUGUGGGGCAUGGAUGGGGUUAAGUAUUGCAUUCAUAGCACUUAGAACACUUAAUGUUACAAGCGGUUGACCGAGACCCCUGUGGAUUUUCCCUGGGUUUGGCAUUAACUUCAGCACUGCUGAUUUCACAGCACUACUUCAGGGCCCCAAGAGCUGGAGUUCUUGUCCCAGGAGCAAUACGCCAUUCAGUAAGCUGUUGUAAAUGACUGAUGGUUUUAAGCUACAACUCGCAUCACCCUCUGCCAUAACGGCCUGAGGCUGGGGAUGAUGGGAGUCGUAGUCCAAAAACAAGAAGUUACCCAAGACUGCAGGGGGAGAGAAAGAAUGCACAAGAACAACUGCAUGAAAUGUCCUCAAGCGCAGCCGAAUAGCAAGCCGUUCUUGGCUGUUUCAUGCGAGGUUUGUUUUUUUAAAAAACCUCCUUCAGUUCUGUAUCACUUCAGGCGGCUUUUUGUUCAUGCAGACAGUUUCCUGUCUCUGCCUGGUGGCUGGGGCACGAGACGCCCACGCCCCCGAGUUGGUUUCCAUGCGGCGAUUGGCUGGAAAACCCUCUGCGAUCUGGAGAGCUGAAAGGAAGGUUGCUCCUGCUUAGAACUUACAUUAGCAUAUCACUUUGAAUUUUUGCAUAGAGCAGUGGUGGUUGGGGGUCUCUUCUCCCCCUCCCCACUCCCUGACUCUGACUUCUGGACGUUCUUUUCCUCGUGGGCUUGACGGUUGGACAUUUGAGCAUUGCAGAGAGUCGUGGAGGAUGUUGCAAGUGUAUACCAUGUGCACUUAGAAUGGGUUUUGUGGUUGGUGGGCUUUUUUUUGCAGGGGUAACUGAGGGCAACGGCCUUUGACAAAAGUCAUUGGUCCUCUCCGUGAGGAUCCUGUGAUCCAUUUCCAGGGAAUCCCAGCGUUGCCCCAGAAUAGAGUUCACAAAGCGCUGGUGUGUGCAGUGAGCAAGGUUGCUUUCCCACUUAGCUCACGGGAACACAGCAAAGUUGAUAGCUCCUCCGCAGCUAUUUUGCUUUUUGGAGUUCUUUGGGGUGCCAUCUGUGGGGCUGCGAUCCAUGGGUUGGUGUGCUCUUGGCUGGGGGUGUUGGUUAAUGCCCAGUGAAGGAUCCAAGGGGUGAACAGCCUGUGGAAUUUCCUUCGUGCGGAGAGAGGGGAAGAGUGUGGUUGGGAGGAAUGAGUCCUGCGUUCCUUCCCUGCCAGAUGAAAACAGUGGUGUGUCUUAACUGUGCCAAAUUGCUAAUGGGGAAGAGAAUAGAACCAAAUAAACAGCUUCUACUCCA